AUGUCAACCAAUGGAAGGAGCAGCUCGGGACAACAACACCAACGUCAAGAACGAGAUGGCGUCAUACCGAAACGUGAGCCAGGAUGGUCAAUUGCGAUCAAAAACUUCAGUCCACAAUGGUUCACGGUAUCCAUGGACACGGGCGUCCUGUCAAUAAUAAUGAAUCUUCUUCCCUGGCAAUUCCGCGGCCUAGGCAUCCUCGCAACGAUCAUGUUCGUCUUCAACCUCGUCUUGUUCACGGUCUUUACCCUCAUCUCGCUGCUACGCCUCGCGAAAUUCCCACGCCACGUCAAAACGCAGACACUCUCCCACGAAGAAGAGCUUUCGUACCUUGGCGCACCAGCCAUUGCGUACUUGACACUGGUAGCGCAGGUAACGCUCACAUGUUCCACGGCUUGGGGGUAUAACUGGACCGUCUUUGCCUACGUGUUGUGGUGGAUUGGUCUCGUGUGGACAGUGACACUGUGUAGUUUCCAAGUCAUUGUGCUUGCGAAGCGGGAUAUUACUGUUGAUCGUCAGCUCAGUCCUACGAUUCUGCUUCCGCUCAUCUCUGUCAUGACGCUUGGUACGACGGGCGGUUUGAUUGCGAAUUACUCGGUUGGACUGAGUGCUAGCAUGGCCGUUCCUAUCAUCGUCACAGGAUACAUGUGCAUCGGCUACGCCUUCUUCCUUGCGCUCCUCUACUAUGCGUUCAUUGCGCAUAAACUCAUCGCUGUGGGUCUGCCUCCACCGAUGAAGAUUCCCAGUCUUGUCAUCACAGUGGGACCUGUUGGUCAAUUCGCCACGGCAAUCCAGACGCUGAGUUCGGCUGCGAGUACGAGAGGGAUGUUUGGAAGUUACAACCAAGGGACAUGGUUGCAAUCCAGUGCAGCGAGCAGUGUGAGUGCAGCAGCGAUAUUAAUCGCGUUGUUAGCAUUGGGCUUCGGGUUCAUGUGGAUUACCAUGUCAUGGUAUAUCGUGGUUGAGGCUCUUGUCAAGAGGCAGCUGCCAUUCAGCUUGGCGUGGUGGAGCCUUAUCUUCCCAAUGGGUGUUUAUACCACCGGCCUCCUCAACCUUUCGAUCUCUCUCAAUUCGACCGCUUUCCGUGGCUUCACUACCGCCCUCCUCAUAUUCAUGUUCAUAAUCUAUUUUGUCAACUGGGGUGGCACUUUGUACCGGAUCUAUACCAAGCAGGCGUUAGGGGUGCCUCAGCAACGAGAGGAAGAGGAUGAACAAGCAAAAGAGAAGAAAGAAACAAUGGAUCGAUAUGUCGUAAGGAAUGGAGGGAACACAGUGUAG